AUCCACAACCUUAUAAUAUAUUUAUAAUCCCACAUCCCCUCCCCUUAACUUACAAAACAUCCUUGUUUCCCCUCAUAUAAUCCACAACCUUAUCGCAGUUAGACAAUUCACCCGUGACAACAAUUGCUCCAUUGAAUUUGACCCCACUGGUUUUUCUGUGAAGGAUAUGCUGACGGGAACCGUGAUUCAUCGGUCCAAUAUUGCCGGGCCUCUUUAUCCUAUGAGCCAAACAGCCACCCCGGCCCAAGCCCAGCAGCUUAAGGGGGAGUUUGCCAUGACAGAUAUGGGGGAUCUCAACUUCUUCCUGGGCAUUAAUGUCCAACGCACUGCUGGGGGCCUUUUCCUCCACCAGACACAGUUUGCACACGAGAUCCUUGAGCGGGCUGACAUGCUUCACUGCAAGCCUAUUUCCACACCGGUUGAUACUAAGGCGAAGCUGUCAGCCACGUCCGGCACACCCCUUCCGGAUCCCACCAUCUACAGAUCCAUUGUUGGAGCCUUGCAGUAUCUGACGUUCACCCGGCCUGAUCUCACCUAUGCCGUACAGCAGCUCUGUCUUCAUCUCCAUGCCCCCCGCAGCUCUCAUCUCACAGCUAUGAAGAGGGGCUCCCGUCUCUCAUAUUUUCCGAAUUCAGACACAGUCUCGGUGUUCGACCGUCACCAGUCACGUAGUUGGGCGCAUGUUAAAUAUAAUAACACGGAGCGAACUAUGGAAGGGAGGUUGACGUAGGUAGGGAGGAGACACUGGCAAUUGUAAUAUGUCCUCGUGCCAUGAGAACCAAAUCAUAUGAAACCGAGGAAGAGGCCCACAACAUCAAUGUAUAAUGAAACAACGGCCCAUAU